AUGACCUCAACAGAGGGAAACGAAAAGCUGAUUAAUAAGCGCGAGAGAGCAUGUAUCCGACAACGUCUUCAUAGAGCAAAUUCAGAUGGUCCGUCACUUGGAGCUAAACGUGAAAAAGACCGUGAUCGAAAACGUUUAACACGGGUCAAUGCGACGGAUGAAGAAAAGAAUGUGGUUCGUGUUAAAACUCGCGAUCGUGUACGGCGACUGCGUCUACUACAAACUCCGUGGAAAAAGCAGCAGGACCGGGAAAAACAGCGAGACCGUAUGCGUUUGGUUCGAAUUGUGGAAGCGGAAGAUGGAAGACAACUGCACCGGGAUAACAAUGGCGUAGAACGUUCUUGUAUGACAGAUGAAGAAAAAGAGUCGUUCUGGGAAGAACGUGAUGGUGAACAGAAGAAAUUAAAACGGGCAAAUGCACUCAAAAAUCAAGAAAAAAGUUAUUUUUCGUCUACAGAUGACGAUGUACAAGAAUCUGAUGGAGCUUCUAUAAGCGCAUGUGUAGCAGAUAAGUUAAGCAUUCUGGGUAUACGGAGUUCAAACAAGCUCGAAUAG